GAACUGCGGUACAAAGUCCAGAAGUGCUGUUUUAGAUCCGUCAAAAUAUAGCCCUACAAUUUCCGAGGUAUACAAAAUGGCGACUGGUGUGACAACUGAUCCAACGCAGGGCGAAAAGGGGAUGACCUUUGACCCGGCGCCGCCAAGCUAUGACGCAACGAUGAAUCCCGGCAUGAUGGCACAUGGACCUUUGACCUCGGCCAUGCCCAUGGCACCUGGUCCUGUGCCCUCGGUCUUGCCCAUGGCACCGGACCCUGGGGCCUCGGCCAUGCCCAUAAUGUCUGCCCCUGUGGCUUCGAGCAUUCCUUUGGCACCUAUGCAACAACAAGUGGUCAUCACCCAGCAGCCUGGCAUCACCACCGUGGGCCCACAGAGACGCGACUGGAGCAGCGACAUGUGUGCAUGCUGCAUGGAUCCAUGUAGCUGUUUGGGAGCAUUCUGUUGUAUGCCCUUCUACACGUGUCACACCCUCACACGUAUGCACGAGAACUGCUGUGUCGGCUGGCUCUCCUGCUUUGCCCUAUCUGCCAUGAGGGCCAGCUUUCGGUCAGAACAUGGCAUAAAUGGCGACCUGUGCAACGACGUCUGCUCCUCCUGGUGGUGCUCCUGCUGUGUUCUCGCGCAGCUGUCUCGCGAGAUCGAUUACGUCAACAAACAGCCCACCAUCAUCAUUCGGCACUAGAGGGGGGUGCACUUAUUGAUAGCGUCUAAUCAAUCAUA